GUUUCUGUUGGUGAACUUCUAACAUCUUACUUUCACAUUUACUUACCUUAGCUCGGUUGUUGGAACUAGUUUCAGGUCCACGAGGCUGUGCAUAACUGUAUAUCUUAAUUGUACGCAGUCCUAUUGGAUCCGGGAUUAACUAGGUGUCGUCUCUACGCAUUCUUUCGGUAGUACUUUUGGUUACAUCGCAGUGUUUGGCUCGCGACUCCCGAUGACAUCGAUCAUUUAUGAGACAUCAAUAACCACGACAAGCCCAAUUCUGAAGCGCUUUCUUUGGAUUUCCUCCCCAUUACGGGCGUGGGACGUCCUGCGAGUACCAACGCCAAUCCGCGACGCAAUUGGCGCAACAUGGAGGAUAUCCGGCCGACCGCGAAAUGGGCGAAUCGCUUGUUGCGCCCCUUGAAAUCCAUCCACCACCGACUCCAGAAACACUACGAGAUUCGCAACAGCAUAGCAGACACGAAAUCGAAAGUCAAGCCCGAUUCCCACAAUUCCCACCGUUCGCGAGCCCCGCUAAACAACAAGAGAACCGGUAACGAACCAGGCUGCAAUCUUUCAGACGAGGAACCCGACGAUCCAGCAUGGAUCCCAGGAAACCGGGGAAAUCGCCGGCCCAGGCAUAAUUACUCGAAUCGCGGACAGAGGAAUGGCGCACGGAGACGUAGUCGACUGUUGAUCAAGAGCCCGGAAGUGCAGAGGACGCUGCCUGGCGCUAUCGAAAUCGCUACCCCAUUGAUCACAGGAACUAUACCAGGACCCACGGAGGCGACCUUGUCUAUUCGCAAACGGCUUUUUCGGAAUUCGGGACCACCCUUGAGCGCUGUCGGGGCCAACAGGCAGUCGCGGACGAAUAAUCCCAGUUUCCCGGCAUACCAGGGCUCAUGGAAGGAAGUUUUGGAUCUUUCUGGAGACCCGGGCUUGGUGGAUAUUGCGCGAUUCUUGGAUCGCAUGCUUAUCAAAUUUUUGGAGAAUACCAGACCUGCUCCGACAAUACACAAGCAUGACGAGGAGAAUCGCGGGGCCCGAUCGUUACUAUCUAUGGCUGCGCGACGGCUGCCGGGGUUCAUCGCCGAGGAGCAGCGCCUGCAGGAUCAGGUGGAGCCGGAUGAGGAUGUUGACAUGUGUGAUGCAUACUUUACUGAACUCGAAGCUCAAUAUGCUCCUGGCGGCGGUGGGUGGCAGCCGCUCCGUGAAGCUGUGCGUGCGCAAGGCAUCCACCUGAUCUCUGAGAUGAUGAUGAGAGAAUGGAUACCCAGUUUGGCGGUCUGUCGCCUGCUAGGGGAAUGCCUUGAGCACGGGGAGUUGGAUGCCUUCGAAACACUUAUGUCACAAUAUCUUACGACCAUCAAGACUCACGACUACCCAACAGCUUUUGAUCCUUCGAAACCUGUGGGCCACUGCGAUAACCCUAUCUACAUAUUGCGCAGUUACUACUCGAAGGCCCCCGAACGAAGAUCCUUUGUUUUUGAUGAGAUGACAAAGCUCCUGUCUCGUAGGGCUCUUCCGCCAGAGUGGAUGGUCACUACAAGAUGGAAAAAGUGCGUGGAUGGGGCUAUUCGGUCACUAUCAAUUGGCGACGGAGAUUCAGCUGCUGCGACCCGGACUAUCGAGGCUAUCAUCCUUUCAUCUGCUGGUAUAUAUCCCGGCACGGAUUCGCUGGUAGCUCGGAACAGGGGCAGAAAGGUACCUUGUUCUUUACGUCUAAAGGACACCCGUGCAUCAGUAACGAAGCCUACAAGCGUGCCUAAGGAUCAAUCUCCGUGUCCUGUUCCUAUCCAAGAUGCGCUCAGCAAUCUUUCAGCAAGUCUAGUUACCGCACUGUGCGGCAUGUAUAUGGCACGGACGCAAGCCUCCGGUGCCAAUGACAAGAUAGCAGGCACGAAAGUCAGACAUAUUGUCGGAACGCUGUCUUUUGGGGUACAACGGGCAGUUGGAUUGGUACUGUCGCGGCGCGAGAUGGAGGGUCCAAGCUUCCAAUCCCUGCGUCGGGGAUACGUCUUGUUGGGUGAGUGGACGCUGCAGUGCACUGAAAGUUCCACGCCUGAGGUCAUUAGCCAGUCCGGCGCCAUCUCGCCAGAAAAUCUAGAGUCGCUUUGUAUAGCGUUGAUACACCAACAGGAUGCAGUCAAACAGCUAGCAGAGUUUGUCCAACAAUUGUUUCGAUGCUGUGGACAUGCGCGCGAAGAUGAUCCUGCGAGGACACCUCGAAAAAUUCGAGCUAUCGUAUGGCGGCUCGCGCGGCUGACGAGUAUGAAGGGCAUUUCUCUGCUCCUCGCCAAGGUAGCUGCGGAAACAGCAAUGGCGUUGGCGGAGGUUACAUUGGAUGUGGAUGAUCACGCGUGGGCUCUCGAAAUCCAAGAACAAGCCGCUUCAUCCCAGCAAGAAGGGAAUCUCCACAAAUCUGCCGCAUUGGCACAUGUGGCACAAAACGAUGUGAUUCACCUGUACCGAUGGGAAGAAAGCAUUGGGGAAUGGGUAUCCAGCACGCCGGUCGCCAAACCUCUGGCUUCCCGUAAUGCGGAUGGCGCUUCAAGCCCUCUUGCUGCGACAGUUAAGCGGAGACCAUUGGCGCUCUCCUGCUCAACCAGUAGCAGAUCGCCCAGCCCUGAACUUUCGGAGGAGGCUGCAUCCAGCGUGACAUCAUCUGCGCCAUCGAUGAGCGGGAAACGAGGACGCGGGACGAAUGAUUGGAGGCCACCGUCACCCAAGAGACUUCGGUCAAGUUCGAGGAGGAUGACUGCAGCUCCAGUCGCGUCUGGCGCUUUGCCAGCGACACGUGAGCGCCUUGCUGCGGCUCGCUCCCUCGAGCCAGAUUCUGCACCGAUUGCCACCCGGGCACGAACGGCCCUUCGCGAUUUACCCCAGGCCAAGAACAGCACCUUGAAGAAGACGAGACUACAACCAGGCCCGACUACACCCAGCAUCUCCCGCGCGGACCCUAUCAAAGUGACUCCCCUCAUCGAGGUGGUUAUCGUCAACCAGCCGGUAUCGGUGAGGUCUCUGAAUCGCACCCCCAGAACGGCACGAAAACAACCACAACCACCACCACCACCACCACCACCACCAUCACAGAUUCCUAGCCCAUCGGUGGUGCAAGGCCCUCGACGCUCCACUCGUACGCGACCUCCCCCAGCCGAGCGGGUCAUUCCAUGCUCGGACGAUGAUAGCGAGGACGAGCUGAGUUUUCUGUUGUGAAAGAGCGGGGUCAUGAUCGUUGCUUUUGCCCGUUCAGUAUGUGCGGACGGUGAUGUGAAACUCGGAGUAAUUGUUGGCGACGUCUCAUUCUUAGACGAACUGCUACUUUUAACCCCAUCCAUAGGUCAUUGAUGGCGUGGUCUCUGUUCAUUUUCAAUUAGAGUAUCAUUGUGAUUCUAAGGUUUUAUUGGCGAAAUGGGAGCGAUUGUUUAAUUCCGGGCAGGAGUGGAUUGAUUGGUUAGGUUCAGUUUGAGGAUUUCUUUUUGGUUUCUGGCUUGAUUGAUUUGAUUGACGAUGAUACCCGCGGGCAAAGGCUUUCUUCCAAUUUAGUUCAACCCUUAUCCUUAUAUUUGUUCGAGCCCGCUAUGUAAGAUGCUAAGUUAUGCCGGUGCCUCACCGUCUGAAGCAAUAAAUGAUAUGACCCUCAACGCCGUC